AUGGAGGACUCACUGCGCGAAACUGUCUACUCAGAAUAUGUGGAGGCCUGGAAAAUUCAUGAGAAAUCGUCGCCGGAGGAAAAGCCGUUCGAAAAUCAAUAUGCUGCUUUGAAAAAAUUGGAGAAGAUUCAUGCUAGCUUGGAGGAAGAACUCUCCGACGAGGGAAUCAUCAUGAAAGCGUCGCUGGAGCACUUCAUCGGAAAGAUCCAUUACACGAGUGAAGACAGACCCAGUGCGGUCCAGUCUCUGCAAAAGAGUCUUCGCACGCUAGAAGCCAACCUCUUUGACAACCGGGCGUUGGCUAUUUUCAUGAAGGCGACGAAUGAUCUGGCGAUAAUCUAUUGCGAGAGAGAAGAGUACUCGAGUUCGUAUGCGCUAUUGAAACAAGGAGAGAAAGUUUACGAAGAAAUCGGCGAGAAAUCGAUUCCUCUGAGCAGCAUCUGGGACAGCUGGGAAAUACUCAAGCCUGGCAAUGAGCGAAACACAGCAGACGGUAGAAAAGACGCCUUCGAAGAGGUCUACACGCACACUCUCUUCUACCUAUCACAAACCUGCCAAAAUUUAGGCAAAGUUGGCGAAUCGUCGGACUACUGCGGAAGAUGCCUCCAUCGUCAGCUGAGGACAAUUAGCUCGAAAGAGGAUUUCCAGCAGUUUUCGCUCCACGCAGCAUGUCUUGGUCAAUACUAUCUGACGACGGACGACUACCUGUCGGCGAAAACGUGUCUUCUCGCCGCAAACAGAAUCUUCGCGCAAGUUGAUACUGUAUCAAGCGAUGAUGGCGAGUUCGGCCGGAAAAUUGAGGAAACUCGUAAUGACAUUAAAAGAUGCUGGAUAAAAUACUGCGUCGCUUUUUUGGAAUGGUCAUCUAAGAAACUGGCAAUGAGAAGUGUAGCAGCUGAGCUAGAAGCCAUAGAAGAUGCGCAACCGCAGCAGUCAGCGAUAAAGUUUGAUUUGGAGAGGUUUAGCAAAUAUGAGGACGAAUGCCAGAAUAUACCUUCCAAGGCAGUCCAUGUCCUGCCCGAAGCGAACAAGAUACACAAGCUUACUCAGAAGCUGUGCGAGAAGUCACUGGAAUUUUUCAAAUUCGACGGUUACGUUAUGGAUCACGUAGAGAUAUCGCAGGAUCUUUCAAAGUCGUGGAAGAAUCUAGCGGAAUUCGACACCAAUUUCGAAAGAAGAUGCAAAAUGCACAAACGGCGAAUUGACUUGCUUACACCUUUGGUGGCUGGACUCAAUCCUCAAUACUAUUUGCAAGUCGUCCGUCAGCUUCAGUACGAAAUCGGCGAAGUCUACUCCGAAAUGACGGAGCUCAAGAUGGCCAUCGCAAACAACGAUGAAGUUCCAACAGUUCACCAAAUCAAGAAAAUCAAUGUUCUUGCAAACUCGGGGAUCAAGUUCUUCACAGGAUUCAUCGACUCGUGUCGCGAAGCAGAUAAAAAAUUACCGAAGCGAUUCGAGAAGAUUCUUGUUCGUCCUGUUUUGAUGGCGCACUUUCAUGUUGCUAGACUUUACGGAAAAAUGAUUUCGCCAGUGAUGAGCGAUCGCGUCGAUUGGACCAAGAAAAGUUGGCAAGCAUAUAAAACGAUUUUGAUGUUCUGCGAGCAAGAUCCUUCAGCGAAAGACGAAAUUCCGGAUGAAUAUGACCUCGUGAUUGAAAUGGACGCAUUGAUGCCACAAAAACUUCAGCAGCUUAAUUAA